AUGGAGAAUUAUCAAGGAGCAGUUCGACAAUACAACAGUGUUCAUUCUCGAAUGAUGAUGAUGCGGAAAGAGCUUUAUCGCAUUGAGAUGGUGUUGAGUGAACUUGAGGUGCCUCCAACAAACACGUACGUGGCGCUUGGGAAGGCUUUUGUGUUGUCUGACUGCGACUACCUCAAGAAAGAUAUAUCCGAGAAGCGUGACACUCUUGACAAAGACAUUAAAAAACUCGAACCAAUGGAUGUCUCUCUCGCCAAAAAAGUCAAUGAGGCACAAGAAGAAAUUAUCAAACUCGCAAAGCAAAAGGCUCUUUGA